AGUCCACAAUUCUUUGUUGCAUUACGACGGAAGUUAGCCAUCUGUUUCCUUCCGAGUUUGAAGUUUGUGGUCAGAAAAAUGGCUGCCUUGUGUAAAGAGGUGUGUGUUGCAAAGAGAGGCGCUAAUUUAGCUCGGAUAUCAUGGCGGGGUCUCCUAGAGUUUGGUAAACAGUACAGUACCGGGGACACAAAUGAAGCCCCCGGAAACAAAGCGGGUACUCCAACAACUGAGAGAAAGCGCAGCGGGUUUGCGGCAGCGUUUGAGCUUCAUUCUGGACUGCCGCAGAAACGUGACCUCGCAGCGGGUACCGUAGGAACGUCACCGGGCUCAAAUGAGCAAUCCUUUGCAGCUCUGUUAAAGCAAUCUACAUUGGUUCAAAUGGGAACUUCCAAGGAUAAAGUCGCAGCUGGCAAAAUCUUCCACGUUGUAAACAAUGACCUGUACGUUGAUUUCGGUGGAAAGUUUCACUGCGUGUGCAAAAGACCGGCAGUCGACGGAGAGAAAUACCAGCGAGGUUCAAGAGUGCGUUUGAGACUGGUGGACCCGGAGCUCACGUCUCGGUUCCUCGGAGCAAAGACAGACACCACUCUGCUGGAGGCUGAUGCUGUGCUUUUGGGACUGCUGGAAUCGAAGCAAAAAUAAUAGCAAAUGCUGAUCAGUGCAAAAUGGACAGUGGCGCAAAUAAUAUUCCUGGUUGGAGAACAAUCUAUGGUCUGGGUUGUGUACAGAUCGUACUCGAGCCUCUUCAUUCUGUGUUUAAAUAAAUAUGUUAUAUUGAA